CAGGUCAGGCCCACUCCAGACUCGGGGCGCUAGCCCAUGGCCCGUCGUGCCUGACGCAGCGGGGCGCUGGCGCAGGAUGGAUUUCGGGUCCUUGGAGACAGUGGUGGCCAACUCCGCCUUCAUCGCCGCCCGGGGCAGCUUCGAUGACAGCAGUGCGCCCCUCGCCCGGGACAGGAAGUACCUGGCCAAGCUCAGGCUGCCCCCGCUCUCCAAGUGCGAGGCCCUGCGGCAGAGCCUGGACCUGGAGUUCCAUAGCGUGUGCGUGGAGCAGCCCAUCGGAAAGCGGCUCUUCCGGCAGUUCCUGGGGGCCCAUGAGGAGCACGUGCCGGCCCUGGAGCUCUGGAAGGACGUGGAGGACCACCACACGGCUGGCGACGACCUCCGACCGCAGAAGGCCCAGGCCAUCCUGGCUGAGUACCUCGACCCCCUGGCCAAACGCUUCUGCAGCUUCCUGGACGCUGGGACUGUGGCGCAGGCCCAGGGGGCACCCGUGGCAAAUGGGGACCGGCUCUCCCAGCCACUCCUGCAGGCCACCCUGGCACACCUGGGCCAGGCGCCCUUCCGGGAGUACCUGGGCAGCCUGUACUUCCAGAGGUUUCUGCAGUGGAAGUGGCUGGAGGCCCAGCCCACGGGCGGGGACUGGUUCCUGGACUUCAGGGUCCUGGGGAAAGGUGGCUUUGGGGAGGUGUCGGCCUGCCAGAUGAGGGCAACGGGCAAGAUGUACGCAUGUAAAAAGCUGAACAAGAAGAGGCUGAAGAAGAGGAAGGGGUACCAGGGCGCCAUGGUGGAGAAGAAGAUUCUAGCCAAAGUCCACAGCAGAUUCAUAGUCUCUCUGGCCUAUGCGUUCGAAACCAAAACUGACCUCUGCCUGGUGAUGACCAUCAUGAAUGGAGGCGACAUAAGGUACCACAUCUACAACGUGAACGAAGAGAGCCCUGGCUUCCAGGAGCCCCGGGCCGUCUUCUACACGGCCCAGAUCAUCAGCGGCCUGGAGCACCUGCACCAGCGAGGCAUCAUCUACCGAGACCUCAAGCCUGAGAAUGUGCUCCUGGAUGACGAAGGCAAUGUCCGAAUUUCUGACCUUGGGCUGGCCGUGGAGCUGAAGGAUGGGCAGAUGAACACCAAGGGUUAUGCAGGGACCCCAGGCUUCAUGGCCCCUGAGCUCCUGCGGGGCGAGGAGUAUGGCUUUUCUGUGGAUUACUUUGCCCUGGGAGUCACGCUCUAUGAAAUGAUUGCUGCCAGAGGACCCUUCCGAGCUCGGGGAGAGAAGGUGGAGAACAAGGAGCUCAAGCAGCGGGUCCUCUUAGAAGCGGUCAAGUACCCGGACAAGUUCAGCCUGGCCAGCAAGGCCUUCUGCGAGGCGCUGUUGGAGAAGGACCCCGAGAAGCGCCUGGGAUUCCGAGGCGGGACCUGUGAUGGGCUCCGCGCCAGCCCCCUCUUCAGGGACAUCAACUGGAGACAGCUGGAGGCCGGAAUGCUGAUGCCCCCGUUCACCCCAGACCCCAGGACCGUCUACGCCAAGAACAUUCAGGAUGUAGGAGCCUUUUCCACGGUCAGAGGCGUGGUCUUUGACAAGGCAGACACUGAAUUCUUCCAGGAAUUUGCCACUGGCAGCUGCCCCAUUCCCUGGCAGGAGGAGAUGAUCGAGUCGGGCGUCUUUGGGGAGCUGAAUGUGUGGCGCUCUGACGGGCAGAUGCCCGAUGACAUGAAGGGGGUCAGCGUGGAGGCAGCCCCCAUGUCCAAGUCAGGAAUGUGUCUGGUUUCCUAGGUGAUGCAGAAAGGGACCCCUGCAGCCCACAGGCCGGGAGGCCUUUGUGUCAGCCAGGCCACCCCAGCUUGGUCAGAAGCAGGGCCCCCUCCUGCAAACAGGUCACUGCUUUCACCCCAUCUCACUCAAGAAAGACAGCACAGUGGCUCCCGGACGGGAUCCACCGGUGACUGUCCAGCCCCCGUGUGGACGUGCGAGCUGGAGGCGGUGUGGGGGCCGGGCAAACGGCUGUGGUUCGGGAGGUGCUCCAUGUGGGUCUUCUGGCACCUUAACUGUGAUUCCUGGAGCAUCCUUGGUGGGGGGCCAUGGUGGGGGCUCGGGCUGGGGAACCGCGUCUGCAGCUCACGGGCCGCCAGAGAGGACUGACUGUGGCCCUGGCGCAGUUCCCCUUCAUGCCCAGUUCCUGGCAUGCCUGCCAGCGCCAAGGCCUGAGCUCCUCAGUGCCGCAUUUGGGGGUGCUGGCAUUUGCCAGGUACUGAGAAGUGCAGCCUCCGCAGGGUCCCUUGGCCUAGGCUGGGGCCCAGAUGUCUGGGGUGAUGGAAUGCGUGGGGUCUGGGUGAGACGACAGCAGCCUGCCCUUUGGCGGCUCUUGCUCCUGAGACCAUCUCCAGCUGAUGGCGGCCAGGAACUGCCCAACCCCACAGACAGACAAGGGACUGGGCAUUCUCUCUCCAGUCUGAGCCCUGCCUGCCGCCCCGCAAAGCCAGCUGGGUCCCCUCUGGUCCUUUCUGGCUCUUGCCUCUUGCGGUAGCUUUGGCCAGGCUGGUCUUGCUAUGUGGGGCUUGCUGACUGAUGUCCAGGCCCAGCAGGUCCCCUCUCCAUGUCCCCAGCAGCUAUCGUCCUAGGGGCUUGCAGCCCAUCGCUCUGUCCCCACCAGCCCCAGGGCACCUCCUUCGCAUGUCUGGUGUUUCCGACUGACCCUUUCCCCUCUAAGUGCUUUAUGCGUUUUAACUGGAAGGACUGUUUCCAUAGCAGCUGCUCCGCAAACGUGCACUCUCUUAAGCUGGGGU